UGGCUGUGGGCCGCUGCAGGGCAACACCCCGGCGUCCCUGGAAGCGGGGAGCGGGGCAGCCGGGGUGGUGCUGGGAAGCUGUGCAGAGACGGGAGCCCUCGCCCGGAGCCUCCGCCUCGGGGACCGGCCUGGAGCCCAGACCAGCCAUGGCUGGAAGACCCAUCCGCAUAGGAGACCAGCUGGUCCUGGAGGAAGACUAUGAUGAGACCUACAUCCCCAGUGAGCAAGAAAUCUUUGAAUUUGCCAGAGAGAUAGGUAUUGAUCCCAUCAAGGAGCCGGAGCUGAUGUGGCUGGCCCGGGAGGGCAUUGUGGCCCCCCUGCCUCAUCAGUGGAAGCCAUGCCAGGACAUCACAGGUGACAUUUACUAUUUUAACUUUGCCAAUGGGCAGUCCACGUGGGACCAUCCAUGCGAUGGGCACUAUCGGAACUUGGUGAUCCAGGAACGAGGGAAGCUGUCAUCUUCUGGGGCCGUUAAGAAGAAAGAGAAGAAGAAGAAAAAGGAAAAGAAAGACAAGAAGGACAAAGAGACCCCCAGAAGCGCCAUGGACACACCGCCUGAGCAGGGACUUCUGCCUUCCUCCUCUCUCCCACCUGGGCUUGCUGAUCUGGAUCUAGACCAGGACACGCAGGCUAGAAAUGAGGGCUCCUUUCAGAGAGGGAAGAGUCCGUGCAUGCUGGGGGACACCCCCUGGGCCCUCCUGGGCACCCCGCCCAGCAAGCUGCAGCCGCUCUCCAGAGGCCACGCUUCCCGAACCCACCAGCUCUUUGCCAACAUGGAGAAGAUCUUAGGCAGGGCCCCAGCCCAGUGCAGGACAGAAUUAGGUGAUCAGCAGGGUCUGGAGAAACCCCAGAAGCUGGCUGAGAAAAUCUACCUGGGGUUUUCAGACCCUGAGAUAGAAGAGCUGGAAAUGAGGACCAAACUCAGCGCUCUGGGCUCCGAGGACAGCGGGCCCCUCCAGAACGGGCAGGAGGUGUUAGAAAGCAGGAGCCAGGCCUCCGUGCACUCCAGGCUCUCUGAAACCAGCAAGGGCCCACAGCUGGCAGGGUUGCAGCACAGCACUGGCCCCGCGGGGGACAAAUGCCAGAGCCCCAUUUCCUCCACGUCCUCCGAGGGGCACCCCUCGCUGUCCCCUUGUUCUUCGGACCAGAUGCUGCCCGGCAGGCAGUGCCAGCUGCUCUUGUUGGACAGUGGCCCCGCUGAAGGCCUGCGCUGGCAAGGUGUUUCUGGGGAAGGGGCAGGUGUGGGCUGGGGAAGGAGGAGGCGAGAGCCCCCGGGGCUGUGGAUGGGACAGGUCUCCAAGCUUGUCGACAAGGACAGCCCCGGGAGCUGCAAGGAAGCAGCGCCCACUGACCCUGGGGAUCUCGGGGCUUCAGCGGGAGAUCCAUGCCAGGCGCUCUUCCAAAUACCACCUGACACUCCGGCAUCAGAGCCAGCCCAGAGUGCCCCUUCAGGGAGUGCCAGUGAGAGGAGACAGCCUCUAGUGUGUCCAGAGCCCGCCGAAGAAGACAGGAGGCCCAGUGAGUGUGAGCCUGACUUAGAGAGCAGCGGCAGCAGUGGCCUGGCUUCUCCCCUCGGCUCUCAGGUCAUGGGCGAAGUGAAUAACUUCCCGUGGGACCUGCAGAGCUCUCAGGGGUCCGGGCGGGGUGGGGGUCAGUCAGGCCCCGGACCCAGAGGGCUGCCCUCCGGCCCCUUCCUGGUGCCCCAGUUGCCCCGCCUGCAGAGCUCUGCUGAGGAGCAGUCAGAGAGCGAAGACUAUUCUGAGGACCAGAGGUUCUACCAGCACAUCCUGCAGAUGGCCAAGAUCUCCCGGCGGCUGGAGGGCCUGGGGCUGCCCGAGAGCACGCAGGAAAGGCCGUGCAAAGACCUCGCCAGCGUGGUCUGCGGCAUGGCGGCCGAGUCUUCCCGGCUGUCUAGUAUGGGGGAGUACGAGGCCAUCAGAGCCCUGGAGAGAGACUCCAGGUUUCUGGCUUGGGGACCAGAGCAGCUGGAGCAUCCUCAGGAGGGGGCCCUGGCCCUGGCCCUGGCUGGGCAGGAGGCCGCUCCGCAAGCCAGUUUCCCGCCAAGCAGCAGCCCUCUCAGGCAGGCGCUAGUCGAGCUGAGCACCAACGAAAGGCUCGCUGUAGAGCCAGGCCAGAUGCAGCUUCUCCACCAGGCCCUGGGCUCCUCUCUAGCCCCAGUCCACGUUCCCCUUGGGGGCCUGGCUCCCUUACGAGGCCUCGUGGAUGCCCCGCUCUCUGCUCUUCGUGCCUCUCACAAUGUGAGCUUGGGGAGGUCCAUGGAGUCUGGUCAGCUUGGAGAACUCACGCUGCCUUUGCAGGGUCUCAGGACUUCUACUCAUAUGCAAGGUCUCUUGGGCUCCAUCCAUGAGGACAAGAAUGCUCUCGGCCUCUUGGCUUUAGGGGAGGAGACCAGCGAGGAGGAGGCGGAGAGUGAUAACCAGAGUGUCCGCAGCUCAAGUGAGCUUCUUAAGAACCUGCACCUGGACAUUGGGGUCCUGGGGGGCAACUUCGAGUAUGAGGAGUCUCCAGGAACAAGCCAGCGCGAGGAGAAGGCCCUCUCUCCUGACUCGGGUGCUGCCCGCCCCCCGACUCCCGGCAGGCUCUCCGGCCGAGGUGCAGACAGCAGCCUGGCCAGUGCAGGCAGCAGAGGGCGACAGGGAGAAGGGGCGAGUGCCCGGCUCCCAGGAAGAGACAAGAGUCACCAGAGUGACCCUGCGACAACAACGGCCACGAGUCUGGUGGGCCCUGGGGGCGACCAGCCCGCCAUGUCCAGUAAGAGAGACGCACCCCAGGACCCGGCUGCAGCGGGGGAGGCUUCCAGGAAGGAGGAGGCCGCAACGGAGCCGGAGGAGGAGGCCCCUGUCCCGGGAGAGAGCGGAUCAGACGCCAGUGACGCUCUGGAGAUCAGUGAACACGUGAAGGAGCUACAGGGCUCAGACUCCGAUGCCUCCAACUCCAAGUCCCUCCUUGGCCUGGACUUUGGUUUUCGCAGCCGGAUCUCAGAGCACCUGCUGGAUGUGGACGUGCUUGCCCUGGUCCCGGAUGGAGCCCGCUGGCCGGCCCAGAGGCUGGGAGGAGAAGACCAGGACAACAGCCAGUCCAGCCACGAUGAGCUGCAGAGCAAACGGUCCCAAGGCUCCGAGAGGGUGUCCCCUUCACUUCUGUACGGGGAGCGGCUUGGAAGUUCCCGGCACAGCCAGGCCACUGUGAAAGGGCCUCUGCAGGCCCCUGCUGGGCUGUCUGAGCGGCGGGGGACACAGGAGCCCCCGGAGCACUCUGCACGCAGCCCCCUCCCGCCCAAGUGUCCUCACAGGGAUGAAACCCCAAGUCCACCUGCCUCCUGCAAGAGUGGUGAGGCGCCGUGCCCCCAGGCCGAGGAGCCCGAGGAGCCCAAGGAGAAGGUGGUGGCCAGCCCCACCCUGCCUGUCUCUCCGGAGGGGCGAUCUCCAGAGCUCGUGGCUCUCCCAGAGCAGCUCCCAGAGGCCACCCGGAAGGCCAUGGAGGAGGCGGUGGCUCAGGAACUGGAGCAAGAGCAGAGGCGGCUCCUGGAACUGAAGCGGGAAAAGGUGCAGCAGCUGCGGCAGAGGCUGCGGCAGGAGGAGGAGGAGGAGGCGCUUCAGCUUCGACAGCGGAAAGAGGAGUCUCUGAGGCUCCUGCAGGAGCAGCUGCAGAAGGCCACUGAGGAGGAGGGGACUCAGCUGAGAGAGGAGGAGAGCCGGAGGCUGGCCCGGCUCCGGGCCCAGGUCCAGUCCAGCGCAGAGGCAGAUGCGGACCGAAUCAGGGCCGAGCACCAGGCUUCCCUGCAGAGGCUGAGAGAGGAGCUGGCGGCCCUGCAGGAGGCCGAGAGGGCCAGCUUGGAGCAGGGCAGCCAGCGUGUGCUGGAGCGGCUCCGGGGAGAGAUGGAGGCUUCGGAGAGGAGAGAGCAGGCUGCCCUGAAUGCCGAGAAGGAGAAGGCCCGGCAGCAGCGGAGGGAGCAGCUGGAAGGGGAGAGGAAAGAGGCGACAGCAGCGCUGGAGACAGAGCACAGGGCUGAGCUGGCGCGGCUCCUGUUCUCCCUGGAGGCCAAGCACAGAGAGGUGGUCUCCAGCCUCCAGAAGGAGGGAGGGGAAGCCCAGCAGAAAGAGGAGGCCCAGCAGCAGGAGAGCCUGGGGUGGGUGGAGCGGAGAGCUCGCCAGCUGCUGGAGUACGAGCAGGAGCUCAGUGGGCUCCUGAGAGAGAAGCGCCGGGAGGUGGAACGGGAACACGAGGGGAGGAUGGACAAGAUGAAGGAGGAGCACCGGCAAGCGGUGGCGGAGGCCAGGGAGCAGUAUGAAGCCGAGGAGCGGACACAGCGGGCCACGUUGCUGGGGCACCUGACUGGGGAGCUGGAGCGCCUGCGCAGGACCCACGAGCGGGAGCUGGAGGCCGCGAGGCAGGAGCAGGCCAGGCAGCUGGAGGGCCUGGGGCUCCGGCACCGGGAGCAGGAAAGGAAACUCCAAGAUUUAGAGGUGGAGCUGGAAACCAGAGCCAAAGAGGUCAAGGCCAGGUUGGCUCAGCUGGACGUUCAGGAAGUCACAGCCACCCAUCAACACCUGGAAGAGGCAAAGCAGGAGCACAUGCACCUGCUCGAGUCCAACCGGCAGCUCCGAAGAAGUCUGGGCGAGCUGCGGGCCCAGAAGCUGGAGCUGGAAGCCCAGGUGGACCAGCUGCAGGCCCAGGCCAAGGGGCUGCAGAAAUGCAUCAGUGACCUGGAGGCUGAAGCUCAGAGGAAGCAGGAGGUGCUGAAAGGGCUGGCGGUCGAGGCGAGCAGUGCUUCCCCCUGUUGUGAGCCAGACCUCCACGUCGAGGACCUGAAGACACCCCCUGGCACCAAGCAGACCAAAGAGGCACCCCCUUCUGUCUCGCAGAGCCCGGAGGUCGCCGACUCAUCCUUGGACAGCUUCCGGCACUACCUCUCUGCCGAGGGCGUGGCUCUCCGCAGUGCCAAGGCCUUCCUGGUGCGGCAGACGCGCUCCAUGCGCAGGCGGCAGGCAGCCCUGAAAGCCGCCCAGCAGCACUGGGGCCACGAGCUGGGCACCGCCCCGGAUGCGCCCGAGGACCUGCUGGGCACUAAGGCCCUGGGCGAUGACGUGCGCAAGGGCCUGGAGGAGGAGGCCAGGCAGCUGGGCGAGAUGCAGUCUGCCAUGCGGAGAGGCCACGACCUGCUGCAGAGGAAGGAGGAGAAGCUGAGUGAGCUGGAGGCCUCUCUGCGGGACGAGGCUCUAGAUGAGGACACUCUGAGAGGGCCCCCCACCAAGAAAGUGGUGACCUUUGACCUCAGCGACACGGAGGACACUAGCAGUGGAAGCUCAGAGUCCUGGCCCCUGCCUCAUGGCAGCCCGGCCAGCCCCGCCUUCCCCGACAAGAUCCGGUGCUUGGACAGCUCCCUGCGGCACAUCAGCAGCCAGCUGCACCAGGUCCUCAGCCUGCUGGGCGUCCUGGGCACCCAGCCGCCCCAGCUCCUCACUUCCACCCCGGCCCCGACCCCGCCCCCCUCCCUCCGGAGGGCCCCCACCCAGUGGGCCUGGGACCCGGGGCUGGGCCCCAGGCUCUCCUCCUCCGCCACUCAGGCCAUGGACGACUUCCUGGUGGAGAAGUGGCGCAAGUACUUCCCAGCCGGGAGCCCCAGCCUCCGCAGCAGCCCGGUGCCCUUGGAGGACAGGCUGGGCUACGUGUCUGCCAGGGAGCAGCUCCGCCUCCUGCAGCCCCCCCACUCCCGCGUCCCCGAGGUGGGCAGCGCCAGUCUGCAGGGCAUGAUCGAGGCUAACCGGCGGUGGCUGGAGCGCUACAGGAAUGACCCCAAGUUGCAUCUGUUCUUAGUGCCCAAGCCAGCAGCCUCGGGCCUCCUGCAGCUGAGCCUGGAUGAGAACAACAGGCUGCAGGUGAACCGCUACUGAGGCUCGGGCGGCCGUGUGGGCCCCGCAUCGCCUGCACCCGGGCCCGGGGCCGCGGAGGGGCCGCACCCGCUGCCUCGGAGGAAGCUCUGCAGCGGGGGAAGCGGGCUGGGGGAGAGGACGGCAGAGCUGGGAGCUAGGAGCCACCUGCAGCGACCUCAAGCGGACUGCGGGGUGACCGUGGGGCGUCUGUGAGCCGCUGUGGGGAUAUGGCAGCGCUGAUGUGGGGCCCCCGGGACAUGGGCACCUUCGGGGAGGGGGCAUCGCCGGCGUUGAUGUCAGAGGCCCAGGGAUCCCUGUGGAGCGAGGUGAGCCUGCACCGGCCUGCAGGGCUCCGACAGUGCCAUGCGCGGUCCUCGCUCCAUGAGCAAGGCCCCCGCGUCCUGUGUCCGGUGCCCUGUGCCUGGGACGCUGUCUCUCCAAUACCUCAGCACAUGAGCUCAGGCCAUUUCUCUCUUUUCUCCUCCUUCCCUUUUUUAAAACGUCCCCUUUCUUGAGUUCUCUGUUUCUCCUUUUGACUAUCUCAGGAUUGGGCCCAGCCCUGCCCGGGGGUGCUGGGGCCCCCCUUCCCUCGGCCGCUCUGUGCUGUCCCCAGGGCACCCUGCCCUUUGCUGGGCUCCGCGCAGAGCCCUCCCCGUGGCUUCUCAGGUCUGCAGCACACAACUCAGUGAGAGCCGCCCAGGAAAGCCGGGAUGGCUCUGGUGCUCUCGCCUCUCACCCCUGGGUGUAUCCACUUGUGCUUGUUUCUAGCUGUUUUCUGCUGUGCCCACCCUGCUCAGCCGGGAGACUCGGUCUAAGGAGGUGGGGGCAGGGCCGGAGUGGGGCCUUAAAGGGAGGGGUCUUGUGCCCCAGGAGCCACUGCCGAUCUGCACAGCCCUCUGCAUCCCUCUCACAGCGGCCCCCGGGGGUCCCCAGACACGUCUCUGACAUCUGUCUCGGUGUAAAGAAAAGAACAUUCCCUUCUUGCCGGGAAGGCUGUGGGGUUGCCCUGGCCUCUAUGCAUGGAGACCGACUCUCAGCCCUCCCGCCACGAACUUCUUAGUCCCGGAAUAAGAAACAAGACCUGAUGGCUUUUAUCCAUCCUGCGUGCUCAGCUCCGUCUGCCACACAGGAAAAGGUCCGUGGCUGAUCCUGUGGGACUAGCGUAUGUGUUGCACCGUCUCUGUAACCCGCCUGUGUUCGUACAUCAAUUAAAUCUCUGCUGGUCCAUUU